AUGAAAAGAGGGCAACGAAAGCCCCCGAAAUCAGAAGCAAUUGAGCCUCCAAUACCGAGUACAGCAGCUCCGGAUGUAACUGUGAAUCAUGCGUCCAGAUUGCCGGUUGCUCCACCACAGUGCCCCGCCCAUGUGCCUGUCCCACAAAACCCUGGAGUAGUUGAGGUCUUGCCCAUGUUGAAGGAUGUUCCAUUGUCAGAUCGACAUGUAGUGUUCAUCCGGAAACUUCAGAACUGUUGCAUUAUGUUUGAUUUUUCAGAUACGAUGAAGUCUGCGCGUGAGAAGGAGAUCAAGAGGCAAAGCCUUGCCGAGCUUGUUGAUUUGGUGCAGUCGGGGUCAUGUAAGAUGAAUGAGAUAAUGCAGGAAGAGUUGGUUAAGAUGAUAUCUGUCAAUAUAUUCCGAUGUUUGCCACCUUCAACGCAUGACACGGGUUUGGAGGGCAUAGAUCCAGAGGAGGAGGAGUUGUUCAUGGAUCCUUUGUGGCCUCACUUACAACUUGUAUAUGAGUUACUUUUGAGAUAUGUGGUUUCAUCUGAUACAGACACUAAGGUUGCGAAGAAAUAUCUUGAUCACUCAUUUGUGUUGAAAUUGAUCGAUUUGUUUGAUUCAGAAGAUAUGAGAGAGCGUGAGUACUUGAAGACUAUUCUUCAUCGAAUAUAUGGGAGAUUUAUGGUUCAUCGACCCUUCAUAAGGAAUGCAAUAAACAACAUUUUUUAUCGAUUUUUAUUCGAGACAGAGAGGUACUGUGGAAUCGGUGAGCUAUUAGAGAUUCUCGGAAGUAUUAUAAAUGGGUUUGCAUUGCCAAUGAAAGAAGAGCACAAGUUGUUCCUUGUACGAACACUUAUCCCACUUCACAAGGCUAAAUGUGUUACAUCAUAUCAUCAUCAGUUGUCCUAUUGUACAACCCAAUUUGUUGAGAAAGAUUACAGGUUGGCUGAUUCUGUCAUUCGGGGUAUGUUAAAGUACUGGCCAGUUACAAAUUGUGGCAAGGAGGUUCUCUUCCUAGGAGAACUAGAAGAAAUAUUGGAGGUUACGCAGUCUGCAGAAUUCCAACGCUGCAUGGUUCCUCUGUUUAGACAAAUUGGACGAUGCCUCAACAGCUUGAAUUUCCAGGUGUCAGAAAGGGCUCUUUUCUGGUGGAACAAUGAACACAUAGUAAGCCUGAUUGCAGAGAACCGACAUGUUAUCCUGCCAAUAAUAUUUGACGCGUUAGAAAAGAAUAUACAAGGUCAUUGGAAUCAGGCAAUCCUUGGUCUGAGCUCCAAUGUCCGAAAAAUGUUCUUGGAGAUGGAUAUUGAACUGUUUGAAAAGUGUCAGAGACAGUAUGAGGAAAUGGAAGCAGGGGCAGGAGUACGAGAAGAGCGUCGUGAGUUAGCAUGGAAGAGACUAGAAGAAGUUGCUACUCAGAUCUAG